AUGUCCGCAGAUGAUUCAUUCGGUAAAGAUGGUGGAUAUGGAGAGGAUCAUAAAUAUCAAGCGCAACAGUUACUUUCUAUCAUUCUCGAUGUGCAGCAUUCGUCGGGCAAUCGUGCAUCGACAUUCAGAAUUGGCCUUUCCGGUCCGCCUGGUGUAGGAAAAUCUACAUUCAUCGAACGCUUUGGAAUGCAUAUUCUUUCUCAAGGUCAUCGUGUAGCUGUUCUCGCCAUAGAUCCAUCUUCAUCUCGGACAGGUGGGUCAAUUUUGGGUGAUAAAACCCGUAUGCUUGAAUUGUCACGGCAAGAAAACGCGUAUAUUCGGCCAUCUGCAA